AUGGUCCAAUCUCAAACCAAAAUCGGUAUAUUCUUCAUCGUCGGCGCAUUAGCACAACUAUCCGGCUACACAUCUCGUCUAUUUCUCUCCCAGGAUGUCUGCAAUCACACAGCCUACGGUAUUCAAUCCGCCCUUCUCCUUCUCGGUCCGACUUUAAUCAUGUUCUCCGUCGUCCUCACACAGACAGAGUUCGCGCAAAACCUAGACGCCGGGAAACACUGCUUCAUACCUCUCAAAUGGCAACGAAGCCUCUACCUCGUCGUCAACACAGUCCUCGCAAUCAUCCAAGCCGCGGGAGGCAUCUUAACCGUGUCCAGGACAUCUCACUCGUUCAUUAACAGGGGAACCAAAAUCACCAUAGCCACCUACAUCAUCCAGACUCUAUUCUGGAGCUUCACAUUCGCAGAGAACAUCUACAUGACAGCCAAAUUUACGCAACAUCCAACAGCAGCUAGUUCGAGCCUCUUCCCGAGCUGGAAAGCAUGGAACCAGCUGAUCGGGCUGGCCGUGUCGAUCAUCGCGUUCGGGCGGAAUAUCAUGCGGUUGACGAUGGCGGGUGGGAUUGACUUUCUGGUACAGAACGGGUGGCCGUCUUAUGCGUUUGAUGGGUUCCAGAUGGGAGUUGUUUUGGGCGCUUGGGCGGCUUGGUAUUUACCGGGGAGGUGUCGGGAGGUUGCUGCUGGAAUGGAGUUUAUGGGUUUAGAGGGUCGAGGGGGUGGUAGCACUAAUUGA